AUGGUGGCAGCACAGCGCGCUGCUGCUGCUGCUGCGUGUUUGUCUCGGGUUACAGCUGCUGCUCGUGGAGCUCCUGUGUCUUUAAGGCCGGACCUCACGGCGCACACAUGGCUGGAACUGGUGCCACGCUGCGGCGCCUGCUCAGUGCGCCUCCACCGCUGCUGCUCGGAUCCUGAACCAGGAGCUGCUCUGUCCCGUACGCUGUGUGAGUGAGUGUGCGUCUGUAUGUGUGUGUGUGAGAGAGAGAGAGUGUGUGUGAGCGCUGUCUGAUGGUAACCUAUGGAUUGACGGAGGGAGGCUUUUGUUGUCAGCCCGGUGGUUUGUUCUGCUGGAGCUGCACUUUCACCGGAGAAUGCCCAGAGGAGCCGGAGCUGUGUUCCUGCACGGAUAGCGCAGAAAUACACCAGAGAAACACGGUAAUUAAACGCUCUUUUACGCUCUUUUUUACGCCUUUUUCUGCUGCUUUUGUUUGUUAUUCUCGUUAGAAUAAAAGGAUCUCGCGUGAAGCUGCUGCUCGGUCUUCAAUCACAGCAUCACAGCUCGUCCUGAUGGAGGCUGAGGGUUUGUUUACCAGCAGGAGGAAGAAAAAAAAACAGAUUUAAGCUGCCAUUACGGUCAAGAUCGGAGUCUGAACCGUCAGCAGACUAGAUCAGCAUCCCUCAGCAGUCCCAGCAUUUCUCUACAUGACCCUGUGAGGGCUUCACUCAGACAACAGCAGCUCUCAGGCCUCCUCCUGCUGCUGCUGCAAAAACACUCAAGUUCUUACUGUCAUUCUGACCACUGAGGGUGAAUUUAUAGCAGAAGACCUCGGCCAAAUACGUUUGUGUAAGAGGUCAGUCCCUGCACAUGUGAAGUAGGCCAUACGUUCAAACUGCAAAUGCAAUAAUAAUAACAACAACAAUAAUAAUAAUAAUGACAAUAAUAAUAAUAAUAAUAUGCAGUGUGCAAAAAAAAACACAGAUUAUUUUCUAAGUGUUUACAUAAGAUUUACAGUGUAUGCUGUUUCUGUCUAUCCAUACAAACAUGAAAACGUUUCCCAAAAACACAAUGUUAAAAAAAAAAAAAGAAAGAGGUCAUUUUGUUACAGUACAGCUCCAUAGAAAAACACAUAGUUUACACAUUUUAACCAGGGCCCGACCGAUAUGGAUUUUUUGGGGGCCGAUGCCGAUACCGAUUAUUAGUGAGGGGAAAAUCUGAUUACCGAUUAAUCGGCCGAUUUUUUACUUUUUUUUCUGAAGUUAUAAAAAAUAUAAUAUACUGUAGAUAUCUACAGUAUACUACAUAUAUAAAUAGUAUACAAUAUAUGUAUACUAUAUAUAUAUGUAUUGUCAUGAUGUCGCGGCUUUAUCUACAGGAUAAGUCGGGGGAUCUUUUUAAACGGCGGAACAUUUUCAUAGUUAAACUGACUCUUAUUUCUUUUAUUUAGUAUACUUCAUACAGUAAACUAUAUACUGUAGAUAUACUGUAGGCUACUGCUCUUCACGCCGACAGGAAAACCGAUGAAACUCGGACCAGAAAAGCGUUGUCAACUACAUCCCCCCCACCCCCCGCCAAUCGGUGCCUCCGCGUCUUAACUCGCGUUCCUCAUUUCCUGUUCGGUCUCAUCUGGAGACAUGCAGCUGCCUCAGUAAGAGAAGUAGCUCGAUCACUAAUGUGUACUGUUGUUUAUUCUACCGUUACUGGCACGGCUAACAGUGUAGCAAGGCUAAUAGCAGGUGGCUAACUCUAACUUUAGCUUGCAUAGUUUCCUCCCUAAAAAAAAUUCUUUGAGUCAUUUAUUUGAAGAAAAUGGUCCAUUGAGUAGCUUUGCAAAGUCAAACUGGUGUCUUAGUCUUAAUCUAGAAUAUCUUCUGCAGGUUGGACCUCUUCUUCUUUUGCAGCCCUCCUUUGAUGGUCCAACAGCUUAACUGAGAGCAGCUCCUGAGAGUCCACUCUUUUACUUUUCUAUAAUUUCCAUUUAGCUUCUUUUUAAAACCCCAGCGUCCUCAGGACACCCAGCCUCUCUUUCAGGUAGAGUCCAGUCUCUCUGCUCUCCCCCAGUUCGGGCCUCCAGCCUUCUUACUGGGACUCCAGCCAGAGCCGCUCUGUGAUUUAGUGUGCUGACCACAUGCAGCCGCUGCCAUAUGCUUCAGAUGACAGCUCAUAUUUAGAGCUGCUGUAAGCUGUAACCUCUCUGCAUGAAGCUCUGCGGAUCUGAAACACUGUUAGCUUUCACUUUGACUGUGUCCGCUCGAUCUGUGACGCUUCAGACCUCGGCUGGCACUUCUGAAACCUAAUGAAGCAUCUCAGGUUUCUGAGUAAAUGUGUGAAAUGUCAGGAUCCACAUGUGUGAGGCCUUCAGUGACAUGUUUUUUUAGAGGGAGAAGGGGAAUUUACACGACCUCUCUCUAAGACAUAAUCCUUUCAGUUUUAAGAGAGACUGUAACGUCAAUGUUUGGAUGAAUACGGCGAAGAAACAUCAGGGUUUGAUACGGAACAAUUAAAAACCAGAUAAAAGUCAAAACAUGUGGAGAAUCCCUGACAUCUCGAACAGUUGAAAAUGAUCUGUUGUUCCUUUAAGAUUACAUGAAAGCUUUUACUGACUGAUCGUUCACCUCCUUUAAACACUGACCUCAUGUUUAGAGUUUUUGGGGUCUGGAUGAAAAUCUGCUCUCUAAAUCGGAGUUAGCUCAGUAAAGAUUGAGAUGAACAGUUUAUUUAGCAGGGAGAGGAUGUAGGUAUGUUUGAGAAAGGACAGAGAAAGUACGAUAAAAAAACACAAAUAUAAGCCGUUAUAUUUUACCAUGGAGGUGAUUUUAAUGAUUUAUGUUAAUUUAGGGAAAAGUGCCGUUUCUGUUUUUAACUGACUCUGCGAGACAGAUGCUGCCAUUUUUGUUUUGGUCCAUUAACCAAUCAGAGGCUGUAUCUGCAAUCAGCUGACCUGCUGUGUUGCAGCCAGAGGCCAGUCUUCCCAGUCUCAGCAGAGCCGUUAUCAUGAGUGUUAUUGUUGGUGUAAACUGGUAUAGGCUGACGGAAACUGCAUGUGGUUUCAGAAAGUAUUAAAAGUAUUAAACUUUUUCUUGUUUACAACUUUUAAACCAACUUUAAAACCCCACUGUGAAGAGAAAGGAAAAAGUGUUUUUCAUACAUGUUCCUGGUUCCUGAUGAAACUGUUGCUGUCGUCUCAAACCAGAUCUCCUAAACCCGGUUCUUGUUGCUCUGGCACAGUUUGGAGCUCUUUUGAUUUAAGAUCUGGACCACAUUGUCUGCGGUUUGGUGAUCAGACUGUAGGGGGCUGCGACGCCCGAUUUAACGCCCAAACCAUCAAAGAUUUCUGCUGUUUGAGGAAGAGCGUCGUCGCUUUGAUAAACUGAGUUUAUAGAGUGUGAACUGGAGCCGCAGUUUUAACACCAGAUGCUUUUCAUCGAGUUUGAAACCAGUAAAGCAGCAGAGGGACCGUCUCUGUCUUUAUGGGACCUCCCACCGCUGCACUUUCAUGCUUUCCAAUGACAGAAAAAUUAAAGAUGAGGCUGUAAAUGUUGUGUUUUUAACUCUCAGAGCUGGCAGAGUCCCUCUUUGUUCCCACUUUUGGACUAACACUCUUUUAUUGCGUAAUCCCACUUUGGAGAUGUUCCUAAUCCUGAUGGUUUUUGUGUUGUGCUGCUGCGUGUCCAGAUUACCCCCCUGGGUCCUGCCUCUGCACUGAGAAUAGAGAUGAAGUGGGAUUAAUACCCUCGCAGCUUUGUUUGGGGAGGAUUUAGCAGCAGCCCUGCAGCUCCAGCUCAGUUUUAACAGACCGAGAGAUGUUAUGAUAUCACGACAUGAAAUGAUGUUAACUGUGCCUCACUGAACCCUGUUUUUUUUAAUCUUCUGAAAUUUUCCGCCUCAUCUGACUGUAAGCCGUGUGGCGAUUCUGUAGAAAACAUUCAGAGGCCGUUUCUCUGUAACUUCUGGGGUUUAUUUGGUCAUCUUGGGCCGAGAGGAGUCGUGGCAGGUCGUAACUGUGAGCGCCCAGUCUGGUAUCCUCUGACAGAACCUUCGUGGAGCAGAUUUUAUGGAGGAGUUCAGUGGGAAGUGGUGUAACGUACAUUCAUAUGAACACCGGCUGGUUGAUUGUUCCCAUGAGGCUUGUGUUUCUGCAGCUCUCAUGUUACAGCUCUCCGGCUGCGUAAUGGACAAACCCGCUGCAGAGCCCACUCAGAUCCAGGUUUCAGACCUUUGAGUCGACGACCACAACUCUGGUUAUCUUUAAAACAGUCCUGACCCGCCCCAGCUGCUCUUAUAAAACCAAUCAGACUGACGAGACUCGAUAAUAAUGCAGCCGUUUGUAGUGAUCCAAAACUACGAAACUCUGUAAACGUUUGUGAUCUGAGGAGACCAGUUUCUGGAGUUUGGAUUGUGAGAUGUUGUCCCAUUCUUGCCUGAUAGAGGAUUUUCAUCUGCUCUACAGUUCAGGGUCUCUUUUGAUGCACCAAACAUGAAAGAAAGCACCUUUUUUUUGCAUGGUGCAGAUUAGGGCUGGGCGAUAUGGCCUUAAAUCAAUAUCACGAUAUAUUGAUCAGUUCACCUCGAUAACGAUAAAUGGACGAUAACUACUCCUCAAGCUGCUCACCCCCUCCCACAUUAACUUCGUCUACUUCAGCCGCUACAACUUUCUCUCCGUCCUCCAUCUCCUCACCUGUCUUUCCCUCUUUGUUACGGACUGGAUGGCGUGGAGUCUCGUCUCUGACGUAGGACAGCGUCUUAAAGGGACAUGAGACCACAGCCUACCUACACACAUCCAAAACCAACUUUGUUUUUAUAUAUUUUUUGACACCAAAUAUACUGAUAUGUGCAAAAUGACGUUAGUUAUCAUCGUAAAUUUUGGUAUUGGUAAUUUUUUUGUUUAUCGUCCAGCCCUAGGAGAAUCCACCCUUUUUUUGUGCAGAUAUAACCAACAUCUGUGGAUGUAGUGACAAACUGCUCACUGACAAUGGUUCUUGGAGCCCAUGCAGUGUUUUCCACUACAGAGUCACAGCCUUUUACACUGUCCUACAUUGAUACAUGUUGGCAAUCAAAUCUUUGUCAUAUAAAAUAUAACAUUUUGGUAAUAUCGGCCUGAAUGAUCGGCAAACUAUCAAAUUCUGUUUUUAUCAAUAAUCCUCUCAACAUCCCGACUCUAAUGUUGUAUCUGUGAUGUGGUGAAAACUUCUUCAUGAAACUUUUAUUGACUAAAGAAAAAUUGAUCAGAUUUUUCUACAACUCACAAAAUUAUUGAUAAGUGUUUGUUUCUGUGUGUUGAUGAAGUCAUUACAAACACAUUGAGCUUCGGCGUUUGAACGCCAACUCUUCGCCCACUUCCAAUCAGCUGUGAUUUUCUCUCUCUGACUCAUCUCCAGUUUUUGUUGUUGUUGUUGUUUUUCAGAUCAUUUAGUUUGCGCUCUCUUUUCUCUCCUCAGAUAUUGUCAUGAAGAAAGACAUUGAGACUCUAAUAGCAGAGGAACGUGCAGAUAUCAUCUUGAAGUAUGCUACGGUAAGUUUACCUUCGAUUCAUUUAAGAAACUGAACGGUGUUAGUUCAGGCAGGCCACACAGUCAAAGUACAUCAGCUGAUCUAAAGGACUGUGGCUCAUUUAAACAUAUAGGGCUAUAGUCAUAUUAGGGCUGCACGAUUUUGGCCAAAAAUAAAAUCUUGAUUUUUUUUCUCUUAAGUUUUUAUCCAGUGACAACUUCACCAAACUUCACUUUAAAAAUAAAAAGUUUCUCUAUCAUCUCUCAAAACAAAACCACUAAAAAAAGAUGUAGUGCAUAUGCCAAGCCAGUAAGUGGCGCUGUAACGCUGCAAAGGAAAUGCACAAAAGACAGAAGAAGAGUACAGAGCGUGUGUAUAAAGGUUGUCACAUGAUCGUUUCCAGAGAUACAGAUAGAGAGAUAGACCACAUGGAGAUGAAAUGGUCGUCGUUUACAGAUUUAUUCACUCUCUGACCCGUUUUCAAAAAGUACCGUUUACAGUCACCUGAAACGCCGUUUCCGUGUGGCUGAAACGCCGAUACGACAAAAAACUUUAGCGUUUACUCCUGAAUUUGUUUCCGUGGUGACGGGUUCAUACCGCCUUCAGACAGACUUUACAGCAGGGAAACUGUGAAGUCGUAUCAAUUCCACACGACUGACUCGCUCUUGUCCUAUUUAACCACGAAAUUAUCGCCUUCUUUUGCAAACGUCAUGUUUACAUGUUGUUUACACUGGUGUGUGUGGGAACUGGGGAGCGCUCACGCAGGAAGGGAGAAGCCUACGGUGUCCUGGAGGAGCUAGACAUGAUAGAGAGGAAAAUCAAAUUGAGGAUUUUAAUUUUUAAACAUCUUCAUAAAAUCGAUUUAUCGUGCAGCCCUAUCAUAACUGAAUAAACUGUAAACAGGAGUUAUUAUUCAAACUAAUGUCAUCCUUGUUUACCUCCAUGUUUCUGUAGUAAAAACACGUAUUUGUAACAGUGUCUUCUGAUAGUACAGGCUGUGAGAAAUGACAGUAAGAAGUGCAGAAACGGUCUCCACAUCUCCUCCUGUGUUCUGUGUAUUUAUUCUGUAGGAUGAAGAGUUCACACGUGGUUGAUUAUGUGGCGAAAGAAACCCACAGACACACUGAGACGGACCAGAGUGUGAAUUCAAAUGUGUGUUGUGUGGUUUGUUUGCAGUGAUUUUCUGCAUGUGUGGAGUGUGUGUCUGUGUGUGUGUGUGUGUGUGUGUGUGUGGUGGGGGGGUGGAUGUGCGUUUGCUGCCAAAGUGCAUUAAUAACAUGUUGUGUAAUCAUAGGUUUGAGCUUGUGGUUUGAGGUGAUGGAGAGAGACGUAGAAACUAACAUAAAAACCAGGCGCCAUCAAUGUUGUAGUAAAUGGAGUCGACUUGGAUUGUCUCUGCUCUUUUCAGGUCCAAACUGUCCACCAGGUCUUUAAUAAUCCGAGUUCAGCUGAGCCAAUCAGAAGUAGAAACAUUUCACUGUCAUGUUUCCAGGCUCUUUGUCCAGUUGUGGACAGAUGAUACUCAAAUACUGCUUCACUGUUAGACCCACUCCUCAGAUCAGCAGGACAGAGUCUGGUGUCACUUUGAAGCUCAGACUCUCGAUCAAUAAGUCAAAUUAAUCACCUGGUCCUCCUCCACACUCAUCAGCCGAAUGCAGAAGCCUUAUUGGUCGACAGAGCUCACGUUGACCAAUCCUCUUCGUUCGUCAUUUUGUUCCAGAAGAGGACGAAUCUGAAAACCGUCACAAUGAUACUAAAUAUAUAUUUUCUUAUACUUAAAUCAGUCCUGCUAAAUAAUUUAAAAAUACAUGUUUUUACUAAAUUAAAUGAUUGAUUAAAAAAAUUUUAAUUUGAUGAAAACAUGUAUUUUUUUUAAAUAUACAUGUUUUUAUUAAAUUAAAUCAUUAAUUUUUUAAAUAAUUUAUUUGAAUGAAAACAUAUUUUUGUUCUUAUACCUGUUUUCAAUAAACAUGAAUUAUUGAAAAAAUUAAUAAUUGAAUGAAAACAUGUAUUUUUAAAUCAUUAAACAGGACUGAUGAUUUAAAAAUACAUGUUUUUAUAACUUUAACUCUAAUGCUAGAAGGUUCUUUUGUUUCCUGAUUAAAUAUCCUGGACCAUGUGAAUGAUGAACAACAACACUAAAUUAUUGCAUUUCACUGAAGUGGAAAAUGGAGAAUCAAAGGAACUGUUUGUUUUUAACUGGGGGAUAAAAUCGUGUAAAUGUGCCUCCUGCUGGAAAAUAGUAAAACUACACAUUUAAAGUCCGGUCUGCAAACUUAACGUAAAUACGUGAAAUAUUUGUUCGUCCGUGUUUUUGAUCCAAUAAUAAUCCAGGAUUGAUCCUGGUAAAAGCCUGGAGGUCUCUCUGCAGUCCGGCUUUUAUUAUUUUACAAAUAUUAGAAGAAACGGUCGGGAAUGAUCUGGAUAUUCAUGUCAGCGACUGAAUCAACAUUAGAAGAACCACACAGAUCAGUGUGGUUCUUGACAUUACCCCGCCCUCAUUAUAAGACCGCAUGAUCACAAACAGCUGUUUAAACCGAGCGAGUGUGAUUAUACAUUCACAUAUUUCUGCUAAACGACCUGCUGUCUGAAUUAUCGGUGAAGCUCCUCCUGAAGGGUUAACGCAGCCUCACUCUUAAAGCUCUUUUGUUUCUAAAGUGACGUAAUCCUGCAAGUAUCUUUCUUUCAGACGUUCACCCAGACUCUGUCAUCCUGAGGCAAAUAAAACGCUGAUGGACCGUAAAGAGUAACUCCAGAUGGAUAUAAAUAGAGCUCGUACAGUACACACACUGAUGACAUUGAGAGCUGGACCACAUGCUGACGCUGAUAUUUUGUCCAGAUCAAAGCUGCUGUGUGUUCAGAUCAUGUUCUCGUGUUUAAUCUGCUUAUUAUUCGAUCAGAGGAAAAUCAGGUCUGAAAAUAGAAGCUCAGGUGAGUCUGAAAGGCUGUUUGAAGCUGCAGCUCCUCGCCGACCCAGAUAGUUUGAUUCUGGUAGUGAACAGAUCCAGAGUGGAGCAGAGUCGGAAAGGAGUCGGCCGUGUCCAGAGGUUAAAUUUAGCUCAGCAGCUUGGAGCAAAGAGGCGGGUGGGGAUGUGAGGGUGGGGGUGGGCUGCCCUGUCUAGCCAUAGCAACAGCUGUGACACACUGAGCAACGAUUGACUUGACAGUGACCUCCGGGGCCUGGCUGCAGUCCCGGUCAUCGUGUUUUCAGAGUCGGGAUGCUGGUUUCCGGCCACAUGUGCAGAGCAGAGCAGAGAGGAGGAGCGGGGCUGGAAGAGGAUCAGAUGUUCUUCUCAGAAUGAUGAAAUCCUGUUUCAGAUAGAUCCAGGUCUUUGUCUUGACUCAUCCUGAUCUUUGGCCUUUUCUUUUUCUCUGUAGACACAAAGUGAAGAGCAGAAAUGAUGAGUACAGUCAGAUUUAACAGGAGUGCAGUCUUGUGUUAAGAGUUAACAUGUCCUUUAAAAAUCAAGUUUAGAGGCCAAAGAUGAACGUAAUGAAAACUCAUGUAGUUAUUGAUGAUACUCAAUCAGAUCUUGAUGAUAACAGCUGAUCCAACCAAAACAAACCACAAUUUUGUUUAUUAUUCAGGAAGGUAAGAGCAGGAAAUAAUUGCACCAGUUUUCCAAACGUGAGUCGAGUUCUUGAGUCUGACGAUUUACGUUACCUGAUCUUUUGAUUAUUAGACGGUUAAACUUCGUGUGGGUCAAGAUGGUUUUACAGCAAUCCCAUUUAUGAGUCAACAAUGCACUUUAAAGCUCCUAUAAGGGAUUUUCUUAGGUUUCUGAAAUAGACUGAAAUUAAAAUAAAUACCUUUUUAUGAAACCCCAAAGUAAACGAGAUCAUCAGCGACAAUUUUAGGAUUUUUAUGACUGAGCAGCUGAAUUUUGAAGAAGACUUUUGUCAAUAAUGACUACUUAUGCAUGUAGACGUCAAGAUGAGUAAAGACUGUUGUGUCCACAGGGGGCGCCAACAUAGCCACAAAUAGAAAAUUCCUUACAUGAGCUUUAAUAAAAACAUUUAAUGUCACAGUUUUGGAGACAUGACACAGUCAUAAACUGAUGUCAGGUUAGGGCAGGGCGAUAAACUGACAAUUUACCGAUACUUUUAACGGUAGAAGGUUUUAGCAGCAGCCGCUGUGAGAAGUUUCUGAAUUUUGAGGGUCUGAACGUCCCAAAUUAGUCUGAAAAACAUCCAAAGUUUUAGGUGAAAAGGACUUUGGUGAUCAUGCUUGUUUUCCUGAAGCUGCACGUCUGUUUGAAGCUAAAGGCUUUAGGGGGAAAAAUCAGAUGAUGUGACCGAUAAGUAGAUAUUUUUAUCUGCUGGAGGAUGAAAAACAUGUUUUUUCUGCUUCUCAUUGGAGACGUAGACGAGCCUGCCGCUGUUUUCAAACGUCUCAUUCAGGUUGAAGUUGUUUCAUGUCCUAUUUUGGGUCAUUGAUUUCCUGUCUUAGCUCUGGGCUCAGUAGUACUACAGCAGCGGAGUGACAGAAGUAUAAAUCACAUGUGUUUUCUGUAACUCUCUGUCCUUCUCUGUCGGCCUGCGGUAUUUUUAGUCCUCUCACUUUCACGCUGACAUCACUCGCAGCGCCUCGGGGGCUCAGAGUGCCGACUCAACCAUGAAGAAGCUCAACAGUUUCCGUGAACAUGCUCUGACCCUCUCCCUUCUCCUCGCGGAGAGCGGGCGGCUGAUUGGCUGCCUUCCAGACCUGCAGCCAACCACAGGGCAGGGUGUUGUUUUUCAGCGUGGAGUGAGAAGCCCCUCCGGUAGGCUGUCGGAGGAUUAGCCCCCUCACUGUUAUGUCAACACUGGGACCAGAUUGAAGCCCAAAUGGAUUUUCCGUGAUAUAAACAGAACUCCAGAACUUUGUGCUGCUGAUGCAGAUUCUGAGCGUACGGGCUGGACGCUCUUCAAACUGCAGUCUGAUUCGCUGUAACUGCUGCUUCUGUGUUUUAAUCCGUUUAAAUGCAUGUGAAUUCAAUUAUGCCUCAGUUAUUCGAUUACAACUUCUCUGCUGUUUUGGCAACUUGAAUCUGAUUCGUCAGCCCUGAUAUCUGACCUCCGUUUGAAGGAUCGCAAUCAAAUUUGGAAAAAGCAGAAAUGACUCACAAAGAGAAAAAUCCCAGGGAUCCAAGUUUGCACUCCCUCACCCAAACUGGAUAAUACUGGACUAGGUUGAUAAAAUUUGACUUGAGUUUGAUGGAAAAAUCGAAGCAUUCACUGUUAGCUUCCCCAGAACAAGCCUCGCAUGAGACCCACCAAACCCAAACAGACGUCAGAACCACGGAGGCUUCAGUUGGAUGUGUUUACUGGGAACUCUUUAUCAUGAGACCAUCACAGGUUGGAUCAUGAUCCAUCUCUACAGUUUUUGACUGCAUGAUUAAAACACGAACAAAUGGAAGAACAUCCAAAACAUUGUUCCGUGUUUCCUUCGGUUCAUUAAAAAGCAAAAUAUCAUGGAUACACUCAAGGAUUCAUAAAUCAUUUCAAUAUUCUUACACAAAGAGAAAGUUUUGAGAAAAAAAAACACAUUUAAUACCUUAUUGAAAAGUAAUAUUUGCUGCUAUUGUUGUCGUAAAACAGCUGCUGUAUAAUAACGUUGACAUACCGCCUAAUCUUUGUGUUAAUCUUUGAGUCUGAAAAACCUCCACAAAGCACCGGUCAGGACGGCUUUAAUCGCACACGUCCUCACUUUUUUAAGAAAACAUCACUUGAUUCACUGAGGUCGAGAGUGUGUGCGACGGUCAGGUUACGAGGAGAACAUGUGUAAAUUUAAAGUUUUAACAGCUCGUGAAAGUUUAAAAACUUUGAGCUUUUACCCCAAAAGUUAAAAUAAAGAUUUGGAUUUGGGGAGUGAAGUCUGUGGAUGACCUGAAAACAGGUUUUAUUGUCACUUUAACACGACCUUUAUUGUUGUAAACAGGUGCAAAGUCAGUCUGGGGUUUUCCAGGACUCAGACGAGAACACUCGACCGCAUGGUGUGGAGUAGUUAUGCAUGACCUUUUUUUUUGUUGAUAUAUAGAAAAUUAGCAUCACAUCAUUUGGGUAUUGACUCCACUAGUUGAGAAACUGAUGAAAAAGCACCCCCUGAUUCGAACCCGUAAGGACGUGCACAGCUCUGUGCAGUAGACAGUAGAGAGGCUGACAGCUUAUCUCCACAUUCAGACACAAAACAAGAGGAAACUGCACAGAGCUGUGCAACUGUACGGCUGUUUUUACUCCUGAACAUCAUCAGGGAAAUGCAACACUUACCACCGUCACUUAUUCUGUCUACCCUUACAUGUUAUAAUAAAGCUGCACAUGAUCCUCUGAAUGUGGGUGUGCUGCUUUUCCCUUUUUUGUGUCUGCAUGUCGGUGAAUCUGUGUCUGUGUUUGCAGGGCCGGCAGGGCGGAGUGGAGAUCGACCCCUGGGAGGAUGCUGACUACAGUAUCUACAAAGUCAUCGACCGUUUCGGAUUCAUGCAGUAAGUCUGACCUUUAAUAACCUCUUUACACAGGUGAGAGUAAGCGCUCGAGCUGCGUGUUGAAUUUCCAUCUGAUGUUUUGUUUUAUUUCCUGAAUCUUAGUGAGGAUGAGCUGCCGGCCCCGACAGCACAUGAGGAAAAGGUAAGGAAGGAUCCUGAGAAAAAAACUGGUCUGUACUCAGUGAGAAAAGAUGACAAGUCGUCACUGUUUACAUCCUCACCUCCUCAGAGGAAGCAGCUGGAGAUCGAGAGAGCAGAGAAGUGGCUGAAGAUGGUGAAGAAGUGGGAAAAAUACAGGAACAGUGACAGGGUGAGUAACAGACCAAGAAUGCCAGAGCUCAGGGAAACGGAGACCCAGAUCAGGCUUUAUUAUCUUAAUGUAAAACGACCUCACCGCCAUGUGAAGUGGGUGCUGGUUUCCACGGCGGUCGGUGAGACUGCGAGGUCACACUGUGAAUCACCACAACUGUCAAUGCCGAGUCCAAAACACUGAAUUCCAACACGCUCGCUCAUCCUGAGUGUUCCUGGAUCAGAGCGCAACGAAAUCCCUGAACUGUGAGUUCAGAUAGAAGAUCGAGGGGAAAAACCUCCACCCUCAACGAAGAGUGUGGGUCGAAGUUUCAGCCAAAUCAAGAAACUUUGUUUACUGUUGCAAGAUACGGUAUUGGCAUGGCAACCGUUCUUCUCAUAGUUGGAGACUUACAUCCAUCCAUUCUCCUACGCUUAUCCAAAACUGGGUUGCAGUGACCCAGCAGUGUUUGCCAGACAGUUUUAGUCUACCUCAGAGUCCUUAUCAGAUGCCUGAACCACUAAAACCGGAUCCUUGUGAUGCAAAGUCGUAUCAGUUCUACUCAGAGCUUGUUUCAGUGUUUGGAUUUUUGUUUGAUUUUUGUUUACUGGAGUACUGUUAACUCAGGUGUAGUGUCAUUCCCAGCGCCGACAUCUGACUUCCGGGGGUAACUGGAACACUGCAUUAGCCUUGCACGCUGACCAGGAGCCAGAAAAAAUGCUAAUGCAAGCUAGCGGCGCUAAUCAAACGCUAAACAAGAGCGCAAAAUGACUCAUUCUCAGCAUUCUCAUAUUACUCUUCAAAGACUGACCGAUGGGCCGUGUGCUUCUGCCAAACUCAGACAAUACUACCACAAUUAAUAACACCGGAAGUCACGCAGACUUUUCAAAAUAAAAUGCAUUGGUACAAAACUCAUAAAUAAAUUACUCAGCGCUACGAAUAAUGAAUAACCACCAACAGUACAACCGUUGACCAAGAGAGAGACCGGCAAGUGUGGCAAUAGACCGGAGCAAACGGAGGGGACUCGUCGCCCAAUGUUCCAAUAGGAACGGGAGGAACUAAGUCUAAGACGAAUAAAGAUUAAAUAAAGAAAGUCUUGACAUUCGGUCUCCUGCGACCUCAACCUACAGCUCAUGACCAAAGAUGAGGGUUGGGAUUCCGAUAAAUUCAGAUCCACAUUGCUGCUCUCCUCUAACAGCUACACCUGCAGCACACAUACAGCUCUGUCCCGUGUGAAUCAAUCGAUGCGGUUCCUAAAAUAAACCCUGUUAUCACAAGAGGUUUCAUGCAGUCAUGAAACGUGAGUUUAACGUCAGUUUAAGGACUUGGUUAUUUAUAGAUCCUGUGAAGAGUUCUGACGCUCCACCUCCUCAGGUGUCAAAGCUGCUGUCAGGCGUUCAGGAUUAAGGGGUGUUGUUUUCAGAAAACUGACGUAUGCAUGUGUCCAUGAAACCCUCGCUGUGUUUAUCUGGUUAUAAGAACGAGUUUUCACAAACACCGUCAGGAAAAGGAGACGCUGAGAUGACUCCUCAGAGCUGUCACACUUGUUUUGAGGUUGUGACCAAUCAAAAUCAUUUAUUUCACAGACGGGUCAUAAACAACAUCGAUCCGCCGCUUGUUUGGAGGGAAAUCUGAGAAUCUUGUUGCUCUUCUGGUCGAGCGUUCAACAUGAAAGCUGAAUCUGAAUCUUCACAGCCUGGACUCAGUUCCAACCUCAGCUGGACAUCACCCGAAAACAAAACGAAAGCUCAAAAUAAUCCUCAAAAAUAUUCAUGACUUAGUGUCGGGACACAAACAGCCGUCCACUGUCAGGUGUUUGACUCCAUCACUCUGUUGAAGCCUGAUCUCUGUUUUUGAAGAAACCUCGGGGGCCGAUCGACGCUCCAGAUCUGACGUGGCUGGAUGUUAAUGGUGUUUGACAGCACUCAGUGGAAGUUCAGUAUAUUUGUGAUUUUCUGAAAACGCUGUAAUUCCUCCAGGAAUAAACCUUAUCAUGUCUUAGUGUCACAUGAAAAGCUGCAUUACUCCAAAAACGUGGAAAAGUUCAGCUCUGUUCCUGUGAAUGUCGUCGUAGGCGAACUGGAGGUGGUUAAACUUUCCGGUGACUCAUGCUGCACAGAAACAGCUUUCUAAACCCUCUGGUUUUUUAUCCGCUCAGUGUUUAUGUUUUCGGCCUCUCUCUGCUGUCAGAUGGUGAAGCGGGUUUAUAAGGGCAUUCCCCUGCAGCUGCGAGGCCGAGCCUGGGCGCUGAUGCUGGACGUGGAGCGGGCCAAGAAGGAGAACGAGGGAAAGUACGAGGUGUGUGGAGGAUUUAGAUUUACAAAGAAACAAAGAGUCUGUGUGUGAUCCUCCAUAAGUUUCCACAUGUGGUAACUCAGUUCUCUGUUCGCUGGUAGAAAAUGAAGGAGCAGGCCAGACUCUACUCACCUGAGAUCAAACAGAUCGACCUGGACAUCAACAGGACGUUCAGAAACCACAUCAUGUUCAUGGACCGCUUCGGAGUCAAGUAAGUCCGAGUUCAGAGAGUUCAGAUGAGAAACAUAAACAGUCAGAUCCUCGACUUUUUCUUUCACCAGGUGACCUUUAGUGAAGUUUCCCUCAUUCAUGUAAGUUAGACCUUUUAGAGGAGACAUCAUGAGUUCAACUGACCUCGUCAUCUCAGGACUGAAGGAUGAUAAUAUAUCUGUCAUCGUACUUUUUCAUUUAAUAUAAAGACGUUUAUCAAAAAUUAAAGCUCCUGUUUGUGUCCCGUUUUCUUCAAAGAUCAUGAAGCUGAAAGUUUUGUGUCUUCAGAAACUAUCGAGCUUUAGACAGAUGUUAUUUUACCAAAAUUCAAGCUUUGAAACUUUUAGUGUUUUUCAAAAACUGUUGUGUUUUUGUGGAUGUAAUUUAAAAAACAUGUUUUUUUAAGUUUCCUAAUUGAAUUUUUAUUUUUAUUUUCAUUAAGAAGAGAAAUAUUUUUCGACAACUACUGAUAUUUUGAAAGUUGUCUACGUUGACAAAUACCAUGUUUUGGAGAGUUUUGAAUUUCACUUGUAUUAAAAUUUGGAAAGCUUUGAUAUAUAAAAUUUGGAAAGUUUUGAGUUUUCAGAAAGUAUUGUAAAUAACACAGGUCAAUUAUUUUCAACAAGAGAUUUAUGUAGUUUUAUCAUUCGUUCUGCCUUAAACUGAGGCAUUACAUAUUUUUCUCAUAUAAGGGGCUUGAAAAUUAUAGUUUUCUGUCAAAUAUUGUUCAUACAGCUUUGGAAAAAAAGAAAUGUCUGUUACCUGAUGGACCGUGUCUCUUUCUCAUCUGAUUUUUUGCCUGCCUGCUCCUGGAAGUUUUGCGCUUAUCCUGCUUUUGGAAAUAUUUUGUUCGGCUACUUAAAAAGAUUUAUUUGAUAAGAUUUUGAGUUUGUAAUGUGAUUAUAAUCUGUGAUUGAAAAGCAGAACAUUCGUGUCUUAAACGUGUUUUCUCUCUGUGCACUUUAAGCCUCACGUUCGCCUUCGUCUUGUUUUUCCUCAGUCCUUCAGUUUAGAUGUCGAUCGCUGAUUCUUGCAGGUCCUGAAAAAAAAAAAACUGCGUCUGUAACUUGAAUGUCAUGACCGCGGUGUGAACUCUGUGUGGCUGAUGUGUGCAGGAUGUGUGUUUAUGCACUUAGUGUGGAACCAGAUCUGACGUCACUAAUGGAUGUCAGGCCUGUUCAGGAGCUGCAGCGGAAAGUCUGGACCAGGUUCAGUCUCUGAAAAAUGACGCAGAGCAGAGAGGAGCUGCAGAGCUCUGCGAUGAAGUGUUUACUGCCUCUCUGUUUUAUUUACUCACAUAUACAAUCAAUCAGAUGAAGGAGCGCCGUCUGGCUGUUCAUGUAUUAAUACAGUUGGUUUGCGGGCAUUAGGACUGAUGUAAUAAUACAGUGAAUGAAUAGUCCUCAUAAAACGCUGCAGUAAACAGAUGAAACUGGAUCCUGCUGACAGUGAGAGGAGAUCAGACCUCACUGGAGUCUGGAUCUGAUGUAGACCACCUUCAGUCCUCAGUAGGGCUGCACGAUAAAUCGAUUUUAAAUUAUAAUCAGAUUAUUUGAUCAUGACAAUGUUAACAAAUUAAAAUCCUCAAAUUGAUUUUCCUCUCUAUCUUGUCUCGCGUCUCCAGGCCACCGUAGGCUCCUCCCCCUUCCUGCGGGAGCGUUCCCCAGUUCCCACACACACCAGUGUAAACAAACAUGGAAGGCGAUAAUUUCGUGGUUAAAUAGGACAAGAGCGAGUCAGUCGUGUUGAAUUGGUACGACUUCACAGUUUCAGAUCAAGAGUAAACCACUCCGUGCUGCAAAGUCUGUCUGAAGGCGGUAUCAACCCGUCACCACGGAAACAAAUUCAGCAGGAAACGCUAACGUUUUUUGUCGUAUCGGUGUUUCAGGUGACUGUAAACGGUACUUUUUAAAAACGGGUCAGAGAGUGAAUAAAUCUGUAAACGACGACCAUUUCAUCUCCGUGUGGAUGUCUAUCUGCAUCUCUGGAAACGAUCAUGUGACACACAGAGUAACUCUUUUAUGGCGCCAAAACAACCUUUAUACACACGCUCUGCACUCUUCUUCUGUCUUUUGUGCAUUUACUGUGCAGCGUUAGAGCGCCACUUACUGGCUUGGCAUAUGUACUACAUCGUUUUUUAGUGGUUUUGUUUUGAGAGAUGAUAGAAAAAUGUUUUAUUCUUAAAGUGAAGUUUGGUGAAGUUUAAUUUUUCACUAAAAUCGUGCAGCCCUAGUCCUGAGGGUGAAAAUCAGUUGAUCUUGAUCAUAAAUGACAUCUAUUAUAUUAAAAUUGCCUCUUCACCUCCCUCUGUCCUACCUCUGUUCUCCACAGGCAGCAGUCUCUGUUCCACGUCCUGUCUGCGUAUUCAGUCUACAACACAGUAAGUCUGUUUUUCCUUCAUCAAGAGAAAAACCAAAAAAACGUUUAAACUCCAUCGAACUGAUAAAAAUCCACUUUUCACGAGGCAAAGACUCACGUUUUUCUUUUUCCAUCCAGAGCUUUGCCUCUGUUUCCACAGUCCACUCAGUUAUUUUAUCCGUAUUUACUCUGUGGAUUCAGUCACAGAGCUCUCCUGUACGUAAACGCUGCCGUGCUUUCACGAGCUUAAAUCCUCGACUCCUGGAAACAAACUAAGAAAUUUGAGGGUUCCUCCAAAACAGGUUUCAGACGCUUUGUUUUUCACUUUUCAAGAGAACCGAGAAAUGAUAAAAUCAGGAAACAUCAACGAUGUUGGAGGAAGACGUGGGUUUAUAUGAAGAACCAAAUUUAUCCCCAAACAUUCAGACCAUUAAUGGAUGUAAAAACCAAUAAAAGAAACCUAAAAUCUAAUCUCAACCCUGUGAUCAUACACUGGUUGUCAUAGUAACGUGACCUCUUAAAAGGACGGGGGAACUCUGUGUCAGUGUUGUGCACCUGUUACAUCACCGCCCUUCACUUCAGGAGGUGAGCUACUGUCAGGGGAUGAGUCAGAUCGCCGCUCUGCUGCUGAUGUACAUGAACGAGGAGGACGCCUUCUGGGCUCUGUCACAGCUGCUGACCAAUCAGAGGCACGGCAUGCACGGUGAGAGGAUGUUUCCAUGGCACACCGUGUGGAUUUGAAAAACGCUGGUACAUCAGCAGGAUUAAACUCUCUCUCUCUCUCUCUUCUCAUUGUGAAGGCUUUUUCGUCCCCGGGUUCCCCAAACUUCAGCGUUUCCAGGCACAUCAUGAUCAGAUUAUUUCUAAACUCAUCCCCAAGCUAAAGAAACAUCUGGUGAGAUCACCGUUAUGCAACCAUUUCAUAACAGACUCUGACGCUGCAGCAAAAUCGGAGAUUUGUGACAACAUGAGAAGUGAUUCACGUUCAGUUUGAAGCCUGAUGGUCUGUCUCCUCUUUUCUCUCUGCAGGAUCGAGAGCAGAUGUCUGCAGGGAUUUACUGCACUAAAUGGUUCCUGCAGUGUUUCAUUGACAGGGUGAGGAAGCUGCUUUAUUUAUACCCUCCCCUUUUUUUAUCUGUUUUCCAUCUAUCACUGCUGUUACCUCCAGAUCAUAACAAAAAUACAUCACAUUCAAAUCAAACGCAGCAGCAGCAGCAGCUCACCGAACCUGACAAGACGUUAAAUUUUUGACUUUUUUUAAGGACAAAUGUGUACUUUAGUAACGACCACAGGAUAGAAAUACAGAGAGCCACGCACUCAACCAAAACGCCACUCUAUAGCCAUAAAUAAUGCUCAGAACAACACCUAACUUCAUCAACAGGACAUAUAGGGUCACAGACAUAGUACUAGACACCAAACAUCUUUUUAACUUUGACUCAUUUCUUUAACAAAGAGACUAAAACACAACUCACCUACUCUCUUCCAGCAGCCGCUUGUUGAAGCAAGCGGUCGGUAACAUUUACCUCCGACGGGGGUGGUGUUACGGUGUGUUUGACUCUGACUUAUUUUACACGGAAUAUCCCUUUAAGUAGCUCCUAAGUGAGCCAUCUUACCUUGUUCCUAUCUUUGUGGGGCGUUACGGUGGUUAGUUUCACUUCUGUCUAGCAGCAUUUAAGCGUCUCAGCGCUUCUGGAAUUAGGAUUGUGUACUAUAGUGUAGGGCUGGGCGAUAUGGCCUUAAAUCAAUAUCACGAUAUAUUGAUCAGUUCACCUCGAUAACGAUAAAUGGACGAUAACUACUCCACAAGCUGCUCACCCCCUCCCACAUUAACUUCUUCUACUUCAGCCGCUACAACUUUCUCUCCGUCCUCCAUCUCCUCACCUGUCUUUCCCUCUUUGUUACAGACUGGAUGGGGUGGAGUCACGUCUCGGACAUGAGACCACAGCCUACCUACACACAUCCAAAACCAACUUUUGUUGAUUGAUUUUUGACACCGAAUAUACCGAUGCGGGCAAAAUGACGUCGGUUAUUGUCGUAAAUUUUGGUAUCUGUAAAUUUUCAGUUGAUCGCCCAGCCCUAUUAUAAUGCGUGUGAAUGUCGGUUUUAUUUCUGCCUCCUACUGAAAAACAAGUCCAGGAGGAAACUAUGAAAACUUCCUUUAAGCUCAGAAAUCACAAUAGAAAUGCAGAUCGGACUCACUGGAAAGAAGAGAUCUGCUCAGAGAGACGAAAUCUCCUAAUGAGUCCGACUCUCCAGGAUCUGCAGCCGACAAGUUUUUACUGUGCAUGAAUAAAACAUUGGUCAGAAAAGUUCAGCAGAAAAACUCGGCUGAUAUGUGAUCCUGGAGCGUCGCAUUAGAGGAGAGCAUUAAGAGCUUUUAAACUAAACUGCUAUUAGUCUCCUCCAUGCAUGGCCCACAAUCCUGUGGUGGUGGUCUGGCAGGAUUUAGCCGCUGUCAGCGCUUCUCCGUCCUGCUGAGUCGCUUUUGCUCGGAGGGGCCUGCAGGCCUCUGAGGUCUGGGACAGAACCAAACAAACCUCCGGAGCGGCAGAUAUGGGGAAACCGCUGGCGUAAACAAGUUUCGAUGAAAUCUGGGUGAUGUGAUGACCUGUUGUGUUCCUGCAGACGCCGUUCACGCUGACUCUUCGCCUGUGGGACAUUUUCAUCCUGGAGGGAGAGCGGCUCCUCACCGCCAUGUCCUACACCAUCCUGAAGAUACACAAGAGUAAGAACACAACAUACAGAUCGACACAUCAGACAGAAGUUCUGGAAUGUUCUCCAUCCAAACCCUCUAAUAUCUGAAACAUAUCCACACAGUCGGCUCGUUUUUCCUUCUCUCCUCUUUUUGCUUAAAAGGCAAAAUCCCGUCUUUACCAAGCAUUACAUCACACUUUGAAAAGCCACCAGACUCCAUUCACAAAAACACCGAUUUUAGCCUGCGCAGCAUGAAACGUGCAGAUCUGCCCUCUGCCCUCCUCAGUCAGUUUGUUUGCAUUAUUGUGAAAGUUUGGGGUUUUAGAUUGUCGGUUUGGAUCCCAAACACACUGUAACACAAAGAAAACUCUCUGGGAAGAUGGUUUUAGACCAACAAAUCCUGUUUUCUCUGAGGUAAAAAACAGUGUUUUUGUCAAUGAGGUUUGGAGGCUUUCAGGAGGGCGAAAUAACGGAUGUUUCUAGUUUGAAGAAAUCAUCGUCCCCCUCGACAAAGAGCGGGAGGACUUGCUGUUGUCAAAGUUACAGACUCAGUGUACGGACUCUCAUCAGAUGCAUUUGCUGAUCUUGCUUUAAAACAAUCUACUGCAGCAGCUUGUAAAGUUUUUUUACACUCAAUUGAGAAAAACUACAAAUGAUUAGAAAGAAAAACAGCAGAGUCCCUCUUUAGGAUUAAUCAUUAUCUACUGACGCUCUUGGACGGCACUUCAUUUUGGACCGCAGACACUCUCUGUUUGUCUUUCCUCGCUCUGCCAAUCUGCAAACACAGAAAAAAAGCUCCAGAGUUAAUUUAGCAGCCAGUUAUCCGAGUGCCGCUCCGUUAUUUCAUGAUCAUUCCUGCUCCGUCAGCUCACUUUAAAGAUUGUUGAUGCGUCUGUUUCUCUCGUCUGUGUGCAGAGCGGCUCUUGAAGAUGUCUCUGGAGGAGCUCAGAGAGUUUCUCCAGGAGCGGAUCGCUCAGACUUUCUACUACAGCGACGACGUGAUCAUCGAGCAGCUUCAGGCCGCCAUGACCGAACUGAGGAAGAUGAAACUGGACCUUCCUCCUCCAGGUCUGCAGCAGCACACGACCCUGAUCCACCUGUUUUUCUGUUUGUGAUCUAAAGUGGGCUUCAGGCGUUUUUACCCGGGGCCUUAAAUUGAAAUAUUUUGGUGUCUGAGCUGUUCAUUCAGAUAAUUCCUGUGAAAUCUACCAAGAACCAGCAGUUUUGGUUCUUCUAAGGUUAUUUCUCCGUCUUCUGUGUCCUCAGGGAAGCCUGAGGAGCUGCCUCGUAAGCCUCUGGGCCAGGAGCUGCCGGUGCUGCUGAGUCCCUCCAGAGGGAAGCCGUCCUCAGCCAGCGGGUUCCCCAGAGCCGGACUGAGCCUCCACAUCAUCUCCCAUCAUACUGACACCAUCUCCCCAGACCAGAGCCCGUCCAAGGACCCGAGGGAACUAGAAGCUGCUGGGGAGGAGGAGGAGGCCCCACUGCCUUCCCCAGACCCCAUCAUCAUCCACAGCCAGGCCCCACUGACCCCUGACAGCUCCCCGCUGACUGGACCCCCGCCUUAUCAGCCCCCAGAGAGUCAUGAAGAUGUCACAGUGGAGGAUCCGUCACCUCCGGUCCAGAGGAGUGAGGCGAUGAAACCCCAGAGAGCAGACUCCCCGAACUCCACAGACGACUCGUCUCUGAUGUACUCGGCGGCGAACAUCCCUCGGACCGUCUCCGCUCCUGUGACCCAGGUGGGGUCCUCGGCGUUCAGCCUGGUUCAGUCUGAGAGUCUGUCUGCAGAAGAGAGGGCUGAGGACAGGUAUCUGGUCCAGCUGCUGGAGCAGGCCUCGGCCCUGACCACCAACAGGAGCCUGAACCAGGACUCCAGUGAAGCCUCAGAGGAAACACAGCCCACAGACGUUUCAUGA